UGAGGUCAUUGUGUGGUGCAUUUAUUGGUCACAUAUUAACACCAACUGAAGGUUACAGAGUCAAACAAGGGGUUUGUUUCGUUAGUUUUUCUUACAACCAACCAUUMUUUUCCAAAACGUUUAGCACGUUGCUAAACUUUGUUAUAUGUUCUGUAUAAAAGAACACGUCUUCAACAUCAGUCUGCAAAGGAUAGACUCGGGCAGAACGAAGUGAGGGCAUGGCAGCUCGUAUGGACAUGGCCUCUGGUGAGGUGGGCCAAGCAAGAGGGGCUGGCGUCAAGCCUGCGCCAGGCCCCAAACCUCGCCUGACUCCCAAACCUUUCUCACUGCAGAGGAACACCACCCUACGCUCCAUCCUAGCCCCAAAGACACUCACAAGGACUCCACAGCCAUCUCAGACCACACCCACUACACCCACUACCUCCAGCAAACCGGAGCCUAAUCAGCCUAUCAGUGGCCCUGUGUCUGACUCAAGCGGAGCUGUGAAACGCGAUACAGAGAGCACCAUGACACCUGAACCGGCCAAUGCUCCCAAAGCUCCUUCAACCAUAACACCCCACACUGACUCAACCCACACCACUGAACAAAACCAAGCUGCUCUUUCCACAUCCAGCUCCCUUACUGCCCCAACAUCUGAGCCACCGGCUAGUAACAUAUCUGACCCCACUGGAACCUCGGAGGCAAAUCAAGUCAGUGAAUCUGAACUGGAUGAACAUGGCGACUCUGAUUCAGGCCACUCCGCUACUGGAACUGAGGCUGUACCAUUAACAUCGGUCACCUCAGCUCCCCUUCAACCCCAGUCUGAAGACACUGUGAGCGARCCCACCUCUGCGAUCAUCAGAUGUCACGCUGGGGAGGAUCAAACAGCCCGCUGGGGAGGAUGCAGGAAACGGCUGUCCAUGGAGCUCACCUCCAGGUUUGAGUCGGCCGGCCUCUCGCGCCCCUCACAGCCACCAGCCAAAGACAACAACCAGAAGCAGGAACAGGCGACCAAGAGAGAGACUGCAGUCCUCAAAGUGUCUGUCCUCAGGACCAAGGAGGAAGAGAAGAUAACAGAUUCACCAGAGACACCAUCUGACCCGGAGUGCAGACUCAAGCACUCAGCACUGCUGAAGGAAGAGAGGGUUGGAGAAGGGGUAAAGGAGGCAGGAGAAGAGAACGUGUGCAGCAUACAACGGAGGAUCAGUUUGCUGCUGGACUCCUCCUCGAGGCCAGAGCCUCUGACCAAGAGGGAGGAAGUACCUGGUCCAAUUAAACAAGCAGACGGUUCUGGGGGUGUGAAACAGCGAAUUAAAGACUGGGCAUUAGACACACCUCCUGUUCAGGCAUCCAAUCAGAGGGUGGAUGUUGCCCCUCAACCAAUCCCUGGCAGAGUUCACCCUGCGUUGGGUGUCACUGGGGGGUCAUUGGCAACGAGUGAAAGCGUUCAGCUAGCUCCCCGGGAGGACAAGGCUUCCACCCUAUGUCACUCAGGACGUUCUGGGAUAAAGGUWAAUAGUGAGGAGAUAGAAGAUGAGGAAGMGGAGGGAGAGGAGAAGGGGGCCCAGGUGCCACUCUACAAACCAGUAGGAAGACUUCUUCGGAUGGAAGAUGGAGGGAAAAAACAAGAGUUAGUGAUUGAUCAAAUAGAGAAAGAUAUGGAGACCAAGGUGCAAAAGGAGGAAAAACUUAAACAGCUGGUGCUAGAAGGGAGACAAGCAGAGAAGGAGAGGGAGAAAGAGAGGCAACAAGAAGUUGAGUUAGAGAUAGAAAGACAAAAAAAAGUGCAGAAAGAAAAGGAAAGGGAGAGACAGAAUGAGGAAGAGAGGAAAAGGGAGAGACAGAGAGAGGAAGAAGAGAGAAAGAUGAAAGAAGAGGGGAGAGAAAGGCAAAGAGAAAUAGAGAGGGAACGGGAUAGACAGAGACAGAGGGAGGAGGAAGAGAGGGAGAACACGAGGAAAGAAUUAGAGAAGGAGAGAGAAAGAGAGAUAGAACUUGAGAGGGAAAAGGAGAUACUGAGAAAGGAGGAAGAGAGGGAGAGGAGCAAAGAAGRGGAGAGGGAGACAGAAAGACAGAUAGAAGUGAAGAGGGAAAGGGAGGGACUGAGAAAGGAGGAAGAGAGGGAGAGGAGGAAAGAAGAGGAGAGGGAGACAGAAAGACAGAUAGAAGUGAAGAGGGAAAGGGAGAGACUGAGAAAGGAGGAAGAGAGGGAGAACACGAGGAAAGAAUUAGAGAAGGAGAGAGAAAGAGAGAUAGAACUUGAGAGGGAAAAGGAGAUACUGAGAAAGGAGGAAGAGAGGGAGAGGAGCAAAGAAGGGGAGAGGGAGACAGAAAGACAGAUAGAAGUGAAGAGGGAAAGGGAGGGACUGAGAAAGGAGGAAGAGAGGGAGAGGAGGAAAGAAGAGGAGAGGGAGACAGAAAGACAGAUAGAAGUGAAGAGGGAAAGGGAGAGACUGAGAAAGGAGGAAGAGAGGGAGAUGUUUAGAGUGGAAGAGGAGAGAUUGAGAGAGGAGGACAGGGAGAAACUCAUAGAAGAGGAGAGGGAAAGGGAAAGGGAAAGAAAGAGAGAGGAGGAAAAGAUGAAGGAAGAUGAGAGACAGAGAGAAAAAGAGCAGGCAAGAGAAAGACAAAGAGAGGAAGAGAGGGAGAAAGAACAAGCGGAUUCCCCAGUCCAAUUGAUCACUCUUGAACCUGACCAAUCUCCAAAGCCAGAGCUUCCUUCUCGUUCCCCUACCAUCCCCAUCAUAGAAUCCAUACUGAAGGAUGAGGAGCAGCCUCACAUCAAGGUGGUCUACAACUUUUCUAACAAAGAGGAGAAACCUCUUCUUGAGGUGGUCAAUGAUAAUUUCUCCAUCAAGCUCGGGAGGUGGGGGUCUCAGGCCAGGCUCGUCGCCGACCGUGCCCAGGAUGAGACAUCUUUCCCUGGAAGGUUACUGGGCCUCCAGAGAACUGUUGUUAACACCCAGGAGUCACUCAACGUCAAAUCUCACCCAGCCGAGGGGAACAUAGAGUGGGUAGUCCCCACCCGAGAGAAUAGGAUGGAGAAGGAGCAUGAGAAGGUGGAUGUAGAAGAGGAAGCAAAUGUGGACACAGAGGAGGAGCAGUUGAAGUGCUGUGUGGGGGCGGGAGAGGGACAUGACACAGAGGCUCUGAUUGGUGGAGAGCCAGACAAGCAGUAUGGGGGAUGUGACACUAGACUGUCUGAGGAUGACAGUCUGCAGACGACAGUGGAACAGAUCUCCCCUGUCACACCAGAUGAGCCUAACAGUACAUCUCCACUAGAAGAAACAGAGGAGCCAUUAGCCUUUCCUGAUAUUUCUCCUCCUCUAUUGGACACCAGUGCUCAGCGUGCAAGGGCAAAGCUGARGAAGAGUCGGAGGACCCGCCCCCCUCGAGCUGUCCAUCAGAACUCCAUCAGAACGCUUGAGGAAAACCACGUCCACGACUGGAGGUUCUGUGACUCCUCAGAUAAGGUGGUCUCUCUAACAAGGGGAGAUUGUGAGUCUGAUGAGGAGCAGCCCCGAGGGAGGGAGGUAUGUUCACCACCUUCCCAGCCCCAGAGAAUACCCCUCUUUUCUGGAAUGGACCCGUCCGCCCUCAAGGCCCAGUUAAAGAAGCGAACAGGGGGAGGAGUUAAAGGAGCAGAUACAGACAGUCAGACAGACAGUCUUGCUCCAUCCCCCUCUCAUCUCUCCCGCUCUCCCGGAUGUUCCUCCUUCCUACCCGGGUCGUCACAGAUGCUACCCCCUGUAGGGAACAAAGAUGGAGGGGGAGACUCGUCUCCUUCAUGGCUGCAAGAACUCAAGUCUAAGAAGCGCUUGAGUCAAUACAACAGUGAGGACUAGCUGAGUGGAUGGACCUCAUUUUUACAACCAUUAUUACAAUCAAAAUACAUAUCUGAUCACAUUCCCCUUCCAUGCACACCUUAAAGUGUUAGUUAACUCCAAAGAAAGCCUAUAGCUUGUUAAAAGUUUGCAGUCUGACGAUUUCAGACACACUUUGAUUUGAGUGAACUGUCACUUUAAAAUAUGCCCUGUAUCUGUUUAAUGUAAAUUAGCUUUUAUUCCUGUUUACCUCUAGGAGAUAACACCCAGCUAGCACAUUCGGUUCCUUGGAACUUGUAGGAACGUACGUAUUUGGUUUCCCAUUGGUUCUGGGAACGAAGCCAUAAGUAUCUUGACCGGUAAAACGAAAAGUUCUGAGAAAGGAAGUGAAAACGUGGUCUGUUCUGGAAACUUACAUUUUUAGGUUGCAGAGAGAUUCUGAGAAGCUUUCCUGGGAGGUUUUAUUAACGUUCUGAGUACGUAAAUUAUAGGUUAUUUAAAGGUAAUUACAUAACGUUCUGAGAAAGUGUUUCAAUAUGACUUUUAAAAACACUGAUAGCUUAGAACAUAUAGGACACAUGGAAAUGCAUUUUUGUUUAUUGUGCCAGAGUCUAACCUAUGAUCUUCUGUUUUUUAUCCAUGGAAUUAGUCAACUGCGCCACCAGGAUGGAGCUAGCAUGCCAUGUUUGUUUUUUACUCAUACAAAGCUGAUCAUUUUAAUCUAUUCAAAUAGACCCCAUUUCAAAGGAAACAAGCACUAAUUAAGAUCCGGUAUGGCCAAUUAGUGGGCGCAGCCAACACACUUAACAAGAUAGCGGAUAGAGAGUGUUUUGUUAAUUCUGAGAACAGAAUGUAUAUGUUUUUAAAUAACAUUCUUAGAACGUUCUCUGAAUGUUA